UGUGGAGAACGGCGUGUCCGGCUCGAGUGAGCUGUUGGUGACCCGGGAGUCAGGGGACGGACGGGAGGACUCCGGGGACGGGGAGCUGUCUUCUGACGGAGAGCCCCUAGAAGUCGACUACAGCAACCUCAGCUUCAUCGAGAUCCCGCCCAUCUCCAGCGGCGAGGAGGACGAGGCGGACGACAGCUGGGAUGAGGUGGAAUAUCACAAGCCCUCGCGAGUGAAGUUUAGCCGCAGUCCUAUCAGGGUGUUUGCCACGUAUUCCACCAACGACUACGACCGGCGCAAUGAGGACGUUGACCCCGUGGCCGCCUCGGCAGAGUACGAGCUGGAGAAGCGAGUGGAGAAGAUGGACGUGUUCCCUGUGGAGCUAGAGAAAGGUUCCGAGGGUCUGGGACUCACCAUCAUUGGCAUGGGCGUUGGUGCUGACGCUGGCCUAGAGAAAUUGGGAAUUUUCAUCAAAACUUUGACCCCGAGGGGAGCCGCUCUCAGAUCGGAGAAAAUCCAGGUGAACGACCAGAUCAUUGAGGUAGACGGCAAGAGUCUGGUGGGUGUGACACAAGCCUACGCCGCCUCUGUGCUACGCAACACUAGCGGUCACGUCAGGUUUUUGAUUGGCCGUGAGAAGGACCCGAGCAAGAGUGAGGUUGCUCGGUUAAUUCAGCAGUCUUUGGAGCAGGACAGACGCAGGGAGGAGAUGAGGGAGCGGGAGCAGCAGAGGCUCAAACAGCUGGAGGACAGUUUUGAGCCAAAGGAUGAGGUGUUGGAGCGGCAUGUGCACAUGCACCAGCAGAAUGCCGUGUCAGGUGGGGCGGACGCUUCGGGGGGCGGUGCCGCUAAGGAGGAGCAGGACAAGUCGGGCGACGACGAGUCUCCGAUGAGUGAGCAGGAGCGGCUACAACUGGAGCAGGACACGGCAGCAGGGGACACAACUCCCGACACGGCGUCCUGGAACCGGGGCGAGAGCUCGCCGGAGACGGUAGAUCACUCGGAAGAAACUGAGGCAUCGGCCGCGCUACCCGAGGGGGGACACGGCAGCUCUAGUGACUCGGCGUCACCCGACAUGGAGAGGGAACAGCUGUUUGUGAAGUUUAAAGAAGACAUGAUGGUUGCAUCUCAGAGCCAGCACAUCCAGCUGGAGAGGAAGGUGAAGGAACUGGGCGCCCUGGAGAAGAAGUACCACAAGGCCAAGAAACUCAUCAAGGACUACCAGCAGAGGGAGAAAGAUUUCAUCCAAGAGCGGGAGUCGUUGUUUGAGCAGCAGGCAGAGAAGGACCAGCAGUACAACUCCUUGGUCAAGUCCCUCAAGGACAGGAUCUUUACCCUGGAGAAGAACUUGACCUCAGCCCAGAAGGAGGCGGGGCUACCCCAGGCCUUGCCAGCUGGCCCUGAGCCAGAGAUCACCGUCACCUCGACCCCGCCCACCACACUGGUCAAGGCAACUCUCAAUGGACUAGAUGAGGAGCCGCUGUCUCCCCUGAACCAGUCCACGGAGGACGUGCUGGAGAUUUCCAUGUCCUCCGAGGUCUCCGAUGCUCCGACUUCUCCUGAUGUGGAGGAGAUGAGUGAACGAGAGACCUCAACGUCCCCGAGCCAUGCCGCGGAGCCGGACAGCUCGGCCACAUCUUCCCCUCUCUUCCCUAGGACAGUGGAAGAGACGGAGGUCGUCAAGUCAGAUUUCGACUCUGUCAACGCCUCGCCCUUGUUGGACUCGACGGUGAGCAGAGACAAGGCCAACCUGGCGAGUGCUGGCAGCAACGCUAACAGACGGCCACCUUCGAAGAAGGCAGUGACCCAGGAUUCCACCUCGGAGGACCAAGACUCAGCCAGUGUCCAGAGCGAGGUUACAGAAAACGGCAGUGUUCACAGCGGUCACCCGGACCAGACAGAAUCCGGACUGGACAUGUGGAACCGCCAUGACAGAGCGUAUACAGUGCCUGCCUUUGUAAACAUCGACAGCACGGUCAGGAAGAGCGAGCUCAAAAAGAGAAAGCAAGCGCAACAGCAGCAGCUGUCCCCGGACAGCCAACGGGCUCUUCCUCCUCCUCCGCCCCUCCCCCCGUUGGCCACGCCUCCUUCCCCCAGUAGCCCCGCCCACCGCCCCACUCCCUCUGCGCGACCUCCAGUGGCCCCCAAACCCCAAAAGCUGUCCAGCCCGGCGCCGGCUAGGGUGGACGAUACGUCGGACACCUCCUCUUCCGUGUCCCAGACGUCCUAUGACCCCAACCAGCCGACCUUGAAGGGAGGUCAGUCAGAGAUCCCCGACCUGACCACCGACGACACGUCCACCAACAGCGAGGGAGGGGCCGUCACUCUCGUCUCCUCCAAGCCUUCUCCGUCUGCCAAAGGCUUCAACUUCCCUAAGCUCCACUGGAAGCCCGGCAAGGGGCGGAGUCAGGACAGUGGAGGGGGCGUGGUCUUGCUCUCCAGCCGCAAUCUGGGCUCCGGCAACAAACACUCAGCCUCUGACCCCGGCCUCGACUCCUCGGGCAUUGUCCUCAUCUCCAAAAAGCACAUAGACACCGGGUUCAAUGAUGAUGAUGACGAUGCAGCCAGCGUGAACAGUGACAUCACCAGCUCUAUGAUGGUCAGUGAGCCGGAAGAGUUGGGCACAGGCAAGUUCACGCUCAACAUCUCGGGGACCCCUGCCACUGAGGAGAACCCCGCCCCGAACAAGCGCAGCCUCAACCAGUUCCAGUCAGGCCCCAUCACGGAGUGGAACACGGAGCACGUGUGUCACUGGCUCAUGGCGCUGGAGCUGGACAAGUACACCGCCUCCUUUCUUGACAAAAACAUCACGGGCACCAGUCUCCUGCAGCUAGACGGCUCCAAGCUCAAGGCCAUGGGCGUGGUGAGCAGCAAAGACAGAGAGCUGCUCAAAAAGAAGAUCAAAGAGAUGAAAGCCAACGUGGAACGAGAGAAGAAACUACAGGAGAAAGAGCGAAAACAGAAGGAGAAAGAGCAGAAGAAAAUGUCCAAGAAGAAAUGAGCUGAAAUUACUACUUCAGGAGCAAUUGUUUAAGCCAAAUUCCUAAGAGACAACUGAUGGCAAAGUGCUUUACGAUAAAGGCAAGUUGUGUGUUUGCCAGUGUACACGGUACUGUAAAACUUGUAGAAAGUGUACGGGCUUAGUUUGCCCCUAGACGUGGUGACUGUUUCAAAAGUGAAGGAAAAUAUUUGGCCUAGGACUGUGGGAGAGGUUCCAAAGGGCUCUGUGAGUGGAAGACUGGCAGCUGAGGCUUUCGCCGAGAGCCGCAGGGGACGUGUAUUGUGUAAGACGUGAAUGUGAGAGAGGUUUUGUAUGUGCAUUUAGAAUACUACAUGACUAUAAAAAGAGCCAACCAUGGGAUAUAUAGAUGAUCUGUUUGUUCAGUUGACCGUGGCAGUGACUCGUGGACCGUGUCCAUGGCAGCAACACAUUGCCACACGGUGCUGAGCACUUGUGGAAUGCGGGAACAUAUCAAAAGAUUAUCCGUAGCAACACGACAAAGUGAAUCAAAUGUGGCAUUUUGACGUUUUCAUACUGGGUGUAUUUAAAUAAAGAUCUGUUCUAUCCCUACACGUUGGUGAGGACAGUCUUAACUUAGAGAGCUGCUUUGGUUUCCAAGUUGGGGAGGGACAAUACUCCCAGUUGGGAAAAAAUCAAAGCUGUUCCCGUUAGCUCGGAAGAGCUGAAAGUGACGAGUGACUCGCUUUGCCGUUUUGCUACAGAUAUGAUGGACUGGGAACAAGUCAUUGGAACAAACGAGGUGACCUACAGGGAAUAUAUAGGGCUGUUUGUUGACUUGUUCGUUUUUCUGCGUGUUGUUUUUGUAGCGAUUUGUGUUUUGUAGAGUAGCAGGGAAACUGUUUCACUUAUGUUUGACAUAGUUUCAAUUCCAUUUUGAAUUUUAUGUUGAAAGUUGACUAAACUUGAGAGGUUUGAACUUGAGAUAUCUCAAGUUUGAGUUGAAAAACUUCACCAUACUCGUAUGUCUCAAGUCAAGUCGGAGAGAAUGGACAAAUGACAAUUUGGUGCUGAGUAACUUGGGACAGCCUAAGUUUAGCUGAAGGAGCUUCAAGUUGUUUGUAUUUUAAAGAUCAUAGAAUUAUUCAAGUUGUUUGUUUUUUAAAGAUCAUAAAAUUAUUCAAGUCUCUGUGUGAGAAUAGGAAAAAAAAGCCCCCGGUUAAAAUUGUGACUUAAACAAAUCUUUGGUGUAGGGAGAGAGUGGGAUCGUUUGGCCUGAGAUGUUUCCAUAAACAAAAGGCAUGUAAUGUAAGGGUUUGGGGUUUGUCUGGGGCAUUGUCGUAAGUGUUGAGUAGCUAGACCUCCAUCAAUGUGAGUGACCUGUUUACUUAUGUCAUAUUUACACUCUUCAUUUGUGUGUGUGCUGAAUUAGGAGGGUGAGUCACCAGUCUGUAGUGACUUCUUGUUGCUUUGUCGGUGUCGACUAUUGCCAAAACAUUUUGUGAAAUACUUGUGUGAGAUCAUGCGGAGUGAAUGUCAGUGCUUCCUACAGGAGAUUUAUACUGUGUGUGGAUGUUUUGUUUCUGGCUCUGUUUGUGAUUGGAUGCUAGACAGCACAUAGCUGUUUUACACCAUUUGUAUGUUGUGGAAUUUUAUGAUUUAAUGUUGUUUUAGAAGGCAUAAACAUGUUGGAGAGUUUGUCAAGAAGACAGGGUCACCUUGAAUGGAUCUCGUUUAUAUCAUCGCUCUCAGUUAGAAUUGUCUUUUAACUCCUGGUAGCUGGUCGUGUGUAUCAGAAAAGUUGCUGCAACACGCAUGCCUGACCCUUCCAGCUGCAGUAUAGGACUUACGUAGAGCUGAUUCAAAUUUACUGGAUUGGAUCUUUGUUAACAAAGUCAAACUUACACCAUACUAAAAGACUUUUGUGAGCGUUCAGAGUCACACUUUUAGCUUUUGAAAGUACCUAUGGUAAGGUAAAGAAAUGCUCUUCUUUUUUUCUUUAUAUGAAUGGCACCAGCUUAGUGAAAUUGUCAAAAUAGAAAUAUACGGACUGUCCGAAAUAAAACUUGGACAUAGAGAUAGUUUAGUUGAUGUACUGGACUAAGGUGCGGAUGAUCCAGUUCAAACCCCUCAAUGUCUCUGCCCGCUUGGCUCAGUUGUGUGGAGAGACAAGACAUCUCUAUGUUAAAAGGUUGGAGGUCCUGCCUUACAAGUGUUUGUGGGGGCCUUAGACCUUUGUCCUACCCAAAGAACAAUGUUACAUGUGUACAAUCAGGCUCAAGGUAUCUUGUAAUGACUGACUUUGUGUUGAAAAAAUUUCAGUUACUUUUUGUUCUUCACGGAAAUGGUUCACGAAUAGAAUUCCUGAAAUGCUUGCUCUGUGCUGCUCUGUUUUUGGUGUAGUGAGUGGUGAUUUUCUGAAGCUUUUGUGGUUGAAGAAGAUGUAGCUGACAGUUGAGAGGGCUGAUAUCAUAAUCCUCCUGUGUUGACUGCUUUGUGUUGGAUUGUCUGGACCAAUUCGUGUGGUUGUAGAGGGGAGGAUGUCUGGUCUGUUUGAUUUUAUGAUAACAAAAAGUUUCUGCUUUGAGAUAUUUGGUUGGAAAUUUUAUAAAAUGCCAAAAUGUUGUCUUUUGCUCAUCAGCCUUUUCCUGUACUGCGGUACAAGAUUGAGUGAAACAAUAUAAACUGCCUGCAUGUUGCUGACUUAUCCGUGUUUUUGAUUGAACAGAAUGUAAAACAGCCUGAAUCAAAACCAUUGUCAUUUUCUAACCAUAAACAUCUUAGAAAAUGGAAAGUAAUUUUCCAGUUUGAUAUCUCAAACUUAUUACUUUUGAUGUUUAAAAAGAUUAAAUCUUUGAGAGGCAUGAAAACCUUCAGAUGGCAUUUGGUUAAUCAUUACAAGGAUAGCAUCAGAAUUCCUGUUUGUGUAAAUGUGUUAUUGAUUGUUUUUGUUUGGAAUCAGUUGAUUUUCUUCUGUGUAUGAGAGAGGAACAGGGUAUCAGUACCUCACAGAUUCGAAGCUCUGUAAUUUAUCAUUGUCAUGUUUUUAUGGGGCAUCUUACUUAUCGUAGGACAGAUAUUACGUGAAAGCGUAAAGAGCUAUGAAAAAAGUCGAGACAUGCAGACAACUAGUUUGUGAUCUGAUGUUAGUAAUUGUGUUUCCCGUACUCUCUGAGGCAAUUUACUAUUGUAGGCCCCUAAUUCUUGUUGAAGAAUUUCAGGAUGAUUGCAGUAAUAUUGUUUUGUUGGCCUUCAUGAGUUUCCAAAAUUUUCAAACCUUUUAAAGAUUUUGGAAUGGCUCAACACUUGCAAUACAGUAGGUGGAUGUGAAUGUUGAAGAAAAAAAAAUGACGAAGCUUGGCCACUCUGUUUUGACGGCCAAGGCUAAGAAAAAGCUGAUGGUAGUUUUCUGUACAUUGCGAUGUAAUCCCAUGGCUUUUAGCAUCUGUGAGUCAUUUUGAGAGGGAUGGGGGAGGAUGUGAAAGAUCAAGUGGGACGGAGAAUCAACCUCUGCAAAAGAUCCGAACAUGAAUGAAAAGUUGAUGAAGAAGGAUUGUAGUGGAUUGAAAAUGUUUUUUUUGCCUUCUGUCGGUUUUUUCUUUUUUUGUUUGUUUGGGGGGGGGGGGGGGGGUUGUUUGGUAUGUUACAUGCUGUCUCACUCUCCUGCUAGGUCUGAAUGCUGUUUGCAAACUACAAAGUAAGCCAAGACUUGUUGGGGCAUGAGAAAUCCACUCAGCAUUGUUGUUAUCAAGUGUUGUCUCAGUUUGUGGGAUACUAAGAAGUGAGAGAGGGGGGGGGAAUGCAUCUUUUGAUAGAUUACAUUUAUGGCUGGUCCCAGUGUUAUUAGUGGUAAGUUGAGAAAAGUUUGUGAAUGUAGAGAGAUCACAGGAGCAAGAUGGUGAAGCUUCAGGUGGACAAAAACUCUACCAUUUGACACUUUGGGGUGGUCCAUAAAUUGGUGUAAAACAUGCUUUGUGUUUUCUACUACGGUACUACAUCUGCUGUGGGAACAGGAAUAUGUUCCUCCCAAUACCAUAGAGCUUAUAAGGAAAUAAGGAUAUCUUAAAUAUAUUAAUAUAACCCUCAUCCUAAUUAUGUCAACACAUAUUUUAGCUUUUCAGCAAAAUAACUCAGUGUACACCCAUUGAACUCAGCCUUUGAGAAGAAAACUGUAAUGGUAUUCAGAACUUGAAUAUAAUUCAUUUUGAUCUGUAGUGAUACCAUUCAUGGAUGACUGAAAGUUUGUUAGGUGGGGGUGGGGGGGGGGGGGGUGGAGGGACUUCAGUUUUGUCACAAUGUCUAAGUAUUGUAUUCAGUGCUUGUACUGUGUAUGGGUGUGUGCAAGUGUUUCUCCUUUCAGACGAUUUAUUUGUAAGAUAAGAGAUGUAUAUGAAUAUCAUAGAUAACAAACUAUAAUAUAUCACCAGGGCACCUGUGUAUGGUUGUGUGUCUGGCUUUCACCCUGUUCAACAUGUAAUAUUAUGGAAUGUAUUAGCAGUCGAAUCAAUGGGUUUUUUUUUUUUUACAACUUUGCUCUGCUGUGAAUGUCCGUUUCUGAAGUCUUUGCCUCAUCCCCGAAAGAAUAAGUGAAGUUAAAAGAAUUCUUGAUGUGUUACAAGAUGUGAGGUUGUUGUUUGGUACCUGUACACUCAGCGAAAGGAUGAAAUGUUAUCAUGGUCUGUUCUGAAGUGCUGAAAUCUACCAGUUUUACUUUGCUUUUGGAAGUUUAAGGUGUUGAAUUUUCCAAAUAUUCUCUUGUAUAGUCUUUGUAGAAUAAUGAAAUGGUUCAAGAAAAGCUGAUCCGUAACAAAUAAUUUACAGGUCAGUUUGGUGUGUAACAGUUGACUAGUUCUAUCCCUGUAUUAAAAAUAAAUGUUGAUUUGGUUUACCAAUGAUCAUCCUUUUGCAGUCUGUGUCAGUGGAACGAUAUGAAUAAAAGGAAUCUUGUGUCUUUAGAUUAGAAGUCUUGGGUUAUGGAACAAUAUGAAAGGUCACGGAGAGAAAGGGUAGAAAGGGUCUAUCUGUUGAAAGUUGCUCAUCAUAACGAUCCAGGUCACACACACUGAUCUUGUUUUGAAACGUUGCUGGUGAAAUUGUGAAGAAAUAAUUUAUGACUAUGAAACUGUUCAUUGUUAUUCUUGACUACCUACCCUCUGAGAAGCAUUUAUGGUUGAGGCUACUUUGUGUAUUUUGCUCAGAGCUGGGGAAGUUAAGUGAGGAUUACAUGGAAUGGACGCCCAUGGUUUUGUCGUCUUUGUUAUUUACUAGUGAUGGCAAUAGAAAAACGUUUGUAUAGAUAUGGAUGUAACAUUAACAUAACACAUUAUCAUUGUUUAUACCAAGUUGAAUAAAUAUUGAAAAGUAUUUAUGAAAAAAA